CUGUGGUACUCUCUCUCUGCCAUGGCACUUACCUCAAUAGACACAAGAUGAUCGCAGAGUUGGUGUGCAGCGCCGUGGCUCUGCUCCUGUAUUUCAACACCCUGGAGGCUGAUUUCUGCUACGAUGACAGCCGUGUGAUUAUAACCAACCAGGACCUGCUGCCAGAAACUCCCUGGACCAACAUCUUCUACAAUGACUUCUGGGGGACCCUCCUCACUCACAGUGGCAGCCACAAAUCCUACAGGCCACUCUGCAUCCUCUCCUUCCGCCUGAACCAUGCCUUGGGUGGCCUGGACCCCUGGGGCUACCACCUGGUCAAUGUGGCACUCCACUGUGCCGUCAGCGGCUUGUUCGCCCACCUGUCCCGCCUGCUGCUGGGCAGGGGUCGUUGGAGCCUACUUGCUGGCCUUCUCUUUGCCUCACACCCGGUGCACACAGAGGCAGUAGCCGGGGUGGUGGGCCGGGCUGACGUGGGAGCGGCAUUGCUCUUUCUGCUGUCAUUGCUGUUCUACGCCCAGCACUGCGUCCUGAGACCCUACUCCCGCCGCCACUGGCCUUGGUUCCUGGGCAGCCUAAUCUGUGCUGCUUGCAGCAUGCUUUGGAAGGAGCAGGGAAUCACUGUGCUCGCUGUGUCUGCUGUCUAUGAUCUGUUUGUCUUCCAUCGCCUCAGGUUCCGUCAGGCCAUCAUCCUCCUUCUGAAGAGGAAAAAUGUCAGCCUGCUCCUGAGCGUGGGUUUGCUGGCAUUUUGGGGGAUUAUACUGUUGGCGGGUCGCCUUUACUGGAUGGGCAACAAGACACCCAGCUUCUCCAACUCGGACAACCCUGCGGCUGAUUCUUCCUGCCUCUUGACUAGGACGCUGACUUUCUUCCACCUGCCAGUUGUCAACCUGUGGCUGCUCCUGUGCCCGGACACGCUGAGCUUCGACUGGUCCAUGGAUGCCGUACCCCUGAUCAGGAGUCUUGCUGACUGGAGGAACCUUCACACUGUGGCCUUCUAUGUGGGACUGCUUCUCCUGGCAUGGUUUGGCCUUCGGAGUCCGGGGAAGAUCAAAGAGACUAAUGGCAAAGCUCAUGCCACUAAUGGGAAAUCCUGCCCUAACGGGCACAGUUACACUCUAGAUCAAGAGUGCUCAAUUUCAGAGCCAGAAGUCUCCACAAGUUUAGAAAAUGGUACAAAGAAAUACUCCUACCCAAGGACAAUGCUGCCUGCUACAGAAAAUGUAGUUGUGUUUGCCCUUAGUCUUCUCUGUAUUCCCUUCUUGCCUGCAACUAACUUAUUUUUCUAUGUGGGUUUUGUAAUAGCAGAGAGGGUCCUCUAUAUACCAAGCAUGGGAUUCAGCUUACUGGUGACCCUGGGUAUAAGGACCCUCUGUGUUGGACUUAGGAGAAGAUCCUCCAGGACAGUUCUGUUGUGUUGCAGUGUCAUGUUGGUCAUUCUCCAUGGAAUUAAAACUGUGAUGAGGAACUGGGACUGGCAGAAUGAAGAAAUGUUGUACAGGUCGGGGAUAACUGUAAACCCCGCAAAAGCGUGGGGUAACCUGGGCAAUGUGCUGAAGAACCAAGGCAAGGUCGCGGAGGCGGAGAAGGCCUACAGAAAUGCGCUAUACCACCGCAGGAACAUGGCUGACAUGCUGUACAACCUGGGUCUGCUGCUACAAGAAAACAACAAGCUCCCCGAGGCUUUGCAUUAUUACAAGCUGGCGAUCGGGAGCAGGCCAACGCUGGCCUCCGCAUACUUGAACAUGGGAAUCAUACUGAUGGACCAGGGACACCUGGAGGAGGCCAGGCGGACGUUCAUUACCUGCGCCAACAUCCCUGAUGAAAACCUGAAGGAUCCCCAUGCCCACAGGAGCUCCGUGACCAGCUGCCUCUAUAACCUGGGCAAGCUGCUCCAUGAGAAGGGCCACCAUGAGGAGGCUCUUUCAAAGUAUAAUGAAGCAAUGCAAAAAAUGCCUAAACAGUUUGCACCUCAGAGUCUUUACAACAUGAUGGGAGAGGCCUAUAUGAGACUGAACCGGUUAGGCGAGGCUGAGCACUGGUACCAGGAGUCCCUGAGGGCCAAGCCAGACCAUAUCCCUGCACACCUCACAUAUGGGAAGCUCCUGGCCCUCACAGGACACAAGACUGAAGCAGAGCAGUACUUCCUGAAGGCAAUCCAGCUAGACCCCACUAAAGGAAACUGCUACAUGCAUUAUGGUCAGUUUCUGCUUGAGGAGUCACGCCUGAAGGAGGCAGCGCAAGCGGCAGAGAGGGCGGCGCAGCUGGACAGCGGAGACUUUGACGUGGUCUUCAAUGCAGCCCAUGUUCUCAGGCAAGCCAACCUCAACAAAGCAGCCGAGAAGUAUUAUGGUCUUGCAGCAAAUCUGAGACCAAAUUAUCCGGCCGCUUUGAUGAACCUGGGUGCCAUUCUCCACCUCAAUGGGAAGCUCAAAGAUGCCGAGGACAACUACCUCCGGGCGCUGCGGCUCAAGCCACAGGAUGCCAUCACGCAGUCGAACCUACGGAAGCUGCGCAACAUCAUGGAGAAGCAGGGACUGAGAACUGCAGGCCCUUGAGGAUGCUGGGAGU